AAUCGGCAAAUUUCAGUUUGCGAGUAGAACCCGACCAAUAAGGUCAUAAAAAGCUUCUGUUACAAUAGCAGUGGCCCUUAAUCAGUGGCAAACAAAGAAAUGAAAUAAAUAACUGUCAGUGUUAACUGUUUGUUGCGUGAGUGGUGCUAACAUAACAAAACAGCCGUUAGGUUUGAGUAGCGCGUAAUUGUUGUAGGCGCAAUAUUGUGUAAAAUCAAUUACUAGUUAUCUCAGGUGUGAACGUUUUGGUGUAAAAGAAAAAAAUAAUAAAUCAAUGGAAACAUCGGCAUAAUACCGCUGAGUAGUGCUAAAAGUAUAUUUACUUUAUUAUUUGCGUAAGGAAGCAUAAGCCCCAGAAGCAAUAAAUACCACAAUCUUACCUAAUUAUAACAUGUGCGGCAAAGUUUGCAUAAUAAAAUUGUCCACCUAAACAUUUAGGUGGUGGCAGCCAAAAGCCUUUGAUGGGGUGAAUGAAAAUUAUUAGUGAAUGAAACCGUGCAAAGAGAUGGUAAGUGCUUACUAAGUACGCAUACAUAUAUGUACAUACAUAAAUACAUAUGUACAUACGUACAUACGUACACAUGCAGGAUGCCCAUUUAUCUAAGAAUGUUGUGAACUUGAAAGUGCACCAUUGACCUGACUGAACUUGAACCUGACUGAAUGUGAACGUGAAAACGAUGCUGCUACGAGUGCGAUUGCAUUGCCGAAAGAUUGUCGUCACAAAUUCGACAUUGCACAAAAUUUAUUCGGAUGUGUGUGUGCAUGUGUAAACGUGAUUUGCUGCCUCUCGAAUAUUCAACAUUUAUACUAAAAUUACAAACGAAAAAAAAAACUUGAUGCCAAAUUUAAAACAUUUCAGCACCAGCAGUCGCAGCGAAACGAAUUGCAUUCGUGACUUCAUGUGCAUUCGCCAAAUAGUAACACCAACACUCACGCUCCUACGAGUAACUGUCACUUACAAACUAUUGUAAUGCAAAUAUACAAAUUCGAUUGGCAGGCGGCAGUGUAAAUGCAUUGAAAUAUUAAAAAUCGUUCACUAAAACAAAAUAUUAGAAAUAGUAUUGGCAUUAGUUUGUGGAUGUGUGAGUGCAGUGAAGUGAUAAGAAAUAUGUAAAAAUAAAAAUAUCUACAAUUAAAUAAAAUAAUUUGUGCAAAUUAUUUUUGUUCGACCAACGCCGAUACUUCUUCUGCAUACAAUACCAGUUAUUUCUGCAGCAAAUUAAAUCGAAUACUUCUACCACAAACUGGAAGCAGCUGAAGCAGUACUCAGCUAUAAAUAUCAAUGAAUAAUGGAAAAAUCAGCAACAUAUGACACAAACAGCCAUGUCUACCGUGAGACGACAUUACCCAAUACCAACGUCAAGGCAAAUCAUAUAUCCGAAGAUAGCAAUGAACCGGCAAAGACAACGUCAGAGCCGAAGCCAAAGAAAGUGCGUCGCGACAAAAGUGAUUUGGGUGAGAAUUUCAAAGCGCCAGAUGGCGGCUGGGCUUGGUUGGUGUGCAUCGCAGCGGGUUGUUCGAACCUAUCGAUCUAUCCAUGCAUGCAACAAUUUGGUUUUAUAUUCCGCGAGCGUUUGGCCAUUUUGGGUAUGAGCAGUUCCCAAAUCACAACAAUCAUCAACACCAAUCCAGCGGUGUCGGCAUGUACAGGUCUCUUAAAUGGACCCAUGUUUCGACGCUUCACAUUCCGUCAAGUUGGCUUGGCGGGUUCACUUUUCAUAUUCGUCGGCCUUAUGCUGACAGCCUUCUGUGAGUCCUUUAUAAGUUACAUGAUAACCUAUGCGAUUCUUUUUGGUUUCGGUGUUGGCAUCAGCGUUUCCGCCUCUUCGCUGGCGAUAAAUACUUACUUCAAGAACAAACGUCGUCGCGCCGCUGGCUUUUCGUGGACACUUACUGGUCUAGGUCCAAUAUUCUUGCCCCACGUGGUCACACUUUUCGUUUCUUAUUACGGCGUGCAGGGUACUGUGAUCAUAUUUGCCGCCCUCUCACUACACUCAAUGGUGUGUGCACUCAUCUAUCAACCGGUACGCUAUCAUGCACCACCACCGGAUGCGACUGAAACGGCAGCAGAUUCUGGUAUUGGUGCUGGCGAACCUGAGUACCUUUGCGAAUAUUGCCAAAUGCAAUGCAAACGUAACGGCAUAUUUUCGAGCCAAUAUUUGUAUCAAGACGAUGAUGAAGCUAUGCCUGGGUAUGAAAUAAUUGAGCCAGGUACACCGAUGUUGUCGCGCGCUAAUGAUGGUUGGUUCGGUUCGAAGUUGUCGUUGGCCUCUACGCACAGAGCUGGUACGCCACGCUUUCGUCCCGUGUCCAGUUCUAAAGAUAUUCACGCCACAAGUCGUCUAAAUCGUGUGAAAUCUGUUGAAGAACUGAAAACGGCCGAGGUUUACAAACCGAACAACUUCAAACGAGAACGCGACGAAGUCUUGCUCAAAAGUUCGGGUAGUAAUGCUAAUUUUCGUGCGCAACAUUUUGGUGGAAUGCAUGGUAUGGCGGCUCAAUUGUAUUGUACUUGUGCGGAGGAGCGUAUGCUUCUCGAAAAGGCACAGCUUCGAUCAUGUCUUGUAGGCCAAAAGUUAGAAGCGACGGCGGAGGAAGAUGAAGAUGCUUCUGUAUCCGUGAAGAGUUUCACAUUUUUACAAAAGGUGGUUGCGUUUUUCGAUCUGGAUUUGUUGACUGACUUUACGUUUGUCAAUCUGGUAAUCGGUUUGACGAUAAUCAAUUUCGGCGAACUGAAUUUUUCCAUAUUAACACCUUUCAUAUUGAACGACUUCGGGUUUACAACGUCGCAAAUCACAUCAGCUAUGUCCGUUCUCGCUGGAUUGGAUAUUAUUGUGCGAUUUAUUGUGCCAUUUGUGACGGAGAAAAUACCAUGGGAUAAUCGAGUGUUCUUCCUAACAGGCGUUGUUGGGAUCGCUCUCGGUCGAACAGUUGUAGCCUGUACACGCUCCUACACAGUUAUACUUUGUACCUUUGUCUGGAUCGGUAUGUUCAAAGGUGUGCGCACUAUUUUUUGGCCCCUUAUAAUACCCGGUUGUGUGCCACUGAAACGCUUACCCGCCGCCUCUGGUUUGCAAUUACUCAUUUCCGGAUUAUUCAGCUUUGCUUGCGGACCCUUAGUAGGUCUCAUACGCGAUCGCUUCGAUUAUUCGAUCACCGUGCAUUUUCUCAACAUGAUGACGUUUAUUGCUGCCAUUUCGUGGACGUUAGAGGCGCUAGUGCGCCGUUAUCGCCGUCGUCGUCGCGAUCGUCAGCGAUCUUGCUCUACGUGACUGUUCGCUAUUUGCGUAGCCUAACAUUUACUUAGGUGCCAUCAGAUGGCGCUAGUGCACCAAAGACACAAACCGGACGUGUGGCUUGUCUUGGCGAUGUGUGUUGAUAUCGAUAACAUUUAGAUUUACAUAUAUGUAUACCUAAAUAUAGAUACAUAUUCUUUAAGGAAAUAACAGACAUUUCAAAAAACAUAGGUAGGUUUCCUCGUAAUUUGGUGAUUCCAAAAGAUUAACUUUAAUAUAUGUACAUACGUACCUAUGUGUGUACAUAUUUACGUGAUUUAUGUGAUUAUACCUUGAAUGUAAGUGUAUGAAAUAUUGUUUAGAUCUCUAAUUAGAAGACAUAUACAUUAUCAAAUAUUCGUUUGAGCUUAACAAAAGUUUUGGAAUAUUGAAUUUUGCCAAAGAUUCAUGGUCAAGAAUUCGGUUAUAGUUAAUUUAAAAUUCUUUGAACCAUUUUCGUUAUACGUGCUUAUAUACAUAUGUAUGCUUUUCAUCUCAAAAUAAUGCAGUCAGUUGUACGUUGCUAUAUGUUAAUGUGGGAAAGCGCAUAUACAAGGGGUGGCUGUUAAGUUCUGAUGAGUGAAAAAGUAAUUAACGAAUGAAAAGUACGCAAAAGUACUUACACCUCGAAUGAAAUACACUUUUGACAUCGUGGAUACA